AUGUCCGAUAGAAAGAGUUCCGAGGCUGGCCCUGCGCGACAUUCUUCUCAUGCCGUCCCUGUAGCUUCUUUUCCCACACACAACUCCCCGCGGACAUGGAUCCUCACAUCCGCACUCACCCCGCUCGCCAUUAGAUUGAUGCGGAAGCUAUUGGAAGCUGGCGACAAUGUGGCCGCAUGCCUACCGCCACAUGAACUUGAGCAUGAGGACCGGAAUGCAGAGUUUCGCGAGCUGAUCAGCGAGUGUAAGAGCAACCGCAAGGACCGUGAGGGCUGGCUAGGGCGGAUUAGGCCCAUCCGCUGCGAUGGCCGCAUCAUGGGACAGUGCGGCGCCGCCAUCGCUGAAACUAAGGAGACAUUUGGCAGGUUAGACAUUCUGCUAUGCUGUACCUCAGAAGCUAUUGUUGGCACGGUCGAGGAAUUGUCGACGAAUGCUGCGACACAGAACCUUGUACGGGAUCAGUUUGACUCGAUCUUCUUUUCUCAGGUGAACUUUAUCAAGGCUGCACUCCCGCUGAUGAGAGCGCAACACACAGGCCACAUCAUGAUUCUUUCAAGUAUUGGCGGGCAUAUUGGGACUCCUGGGAUGUCCAUGUACACAGCGGCGACAUGGGCACUGGAGGGGUUCUGCGACUCGUUGGCGUACGAGAUCGCGCCGUUCAACAUCAAAGUCACAAUAGUGCAGCCGCACAAAGAGAUACAGUCUCUGACGAACAAAAUUGUUUUUGCGCCGCAGCUUCCGCACUACGAUAGUGAUAACAAUCCAGCACCGAGUGUGCGGGACAUGUUCAGCAAUGUUCUGAACAUGAAUCCAGAGACAGCCCUGGAGGCUUCCGAGGAUGAGAUCAUACAGCGAUACCCCAAACUGCCCGCCUCGUCGCUGGACAAAUUAGUUCAGGAGACAGUGAACGCGCUCACUGAGAUAGGCGGAAACGAAAACCCACCUGCACGUCAUAUAGUUGGAUUUGAAGGAGCAGAAGCUGUCAAGGAAAAACUGAAAACGGUGACAGAGGAAUUGGAGGAUUUUGUAGAAGCGAGUCUGGCCGUGGAUAUCUUUGACAGUGAGCUCAAAGCUGAGGCGAGGCAAGGCAAAGCUAGAGCUGCUGAGGCUAGCAGCUCGGGUGCAACCUAA